CUUCUGAUUUCUUUAAUGUAAUUGAUUCAAAUGGUAAACGACAAAUGAUUGUUGUUGAAUCCGAUUCAAGUCCAGCAGGACAAGAAUUAAUGCCUUCGUUAGAUAUAAAUAAAAGACAUAAUGGAUAUAAGUUCAUAACACAAACAGCAUUUAAACAAGCUCUAAAAGAUACAGAUCCCUCUAUUGGAGAGCUUGCUAUAUUGAGUGAUUUGGCUAGCGAUGAAGCAGAAGCAACCGGGUUUGCGGCUGCAAUCUCUGAAGAAACUAAAGAGCAUGUUUGGAUUGUAAUGCUUUACGAUAUUGCUAAAUAUGAUCAACUUCUUAAAUGGGAGAAUAAAAUUAUGCAUAUCAAAGAUCAAGAUGAAGCUGGAGGUCAAAACAAAGUUAUGGCAGCAAAAUCAUUUGAAUUAUUUAAUACUGAACUUUCCGGAAGUGGGCUUGCUAUUCGUUUUCCAAAAACUGUAUAUAAUGUAAACAAGAGCGAAAUUUAUUCGUGUAUCGAAAAGAUUGGCGGUCGUGCGGUGAUUAAAUCUCCCUAUGGCAGGCUUGGCAUUUACACAAUCACUAAUUCAGAAGAAUUAAAAGAAUUCUUUGAUGCUAAUCAACAUUACCAAAAAUUUAUUGUACAAUCUCUUGUUGAAAGUGCAUUAUGGUCUACAGAAUUAUGCUCUGAAAAAUUUUACCAUAUUGGUAUUAUACCAAAUUGUAAUAAUCAAACUUUUGUUAAUGACUUGAGAAUAAUGGUAACUACCGAUGAGGCCGGGUUUCAUCCUGUGACUAUUGUUUCACGACGUGCUCGUGAGCCACUAUCCAAUUAUCUACCAAAUAAUUCUAAUC